CCUUCCUCUGUUUCCCCCAUCGCCUCCUAAAGCUUCUACUUCUUCCAAAUUUAGUUUUCGGUAUUUUUUUGAUUAAUUUAACCAAAUGGCAACUGUGUCUGUCGAGGAGAUUAUAAACGCCCAAAGGGCAAAGGGCCCUGCCACAAUCCUGGCCAUUGGCACCGCCACGCCGGCCAACUGUGUCUACCAGGCUGACUACCCUGACUACUAUUUCCGUAUUACUAAUAGCGAGCACAAGACUGAGCUGAAAGAGAAAUUCCAACGCAUGUGUGACAAGUCCAUGAUCAAGAAGCGCUACAUGCAUUUAACCGAAGACAUUUUGAAGGAAAACCCUAACAUGUGCGCCUACAUGGCACCGUCCCUCGAUGCUCGCCAGGACAUCGUGGUUGUGGAGGUUCCAAAGCUCGGCAAAGAAGCCGCAGUAAAAGCGAUCAAAGAAUGGGGACAACCCAAAUCAAAGAUUACCCACCUUAUCUUCUGCACAACCUCCGGCGUUGACAUGCCCGGUGCUGACUACCAACUCACCAAGAUCCUCGGUCUCCGUCCUUCCGUUAAGCGUUUCAUGAUGUACCAACAAGGCUGCUUCGCCGGCGGAAUGGUUCUCCGUUUCGCCAAGGACUUGGCUGAGAACAACAAGGGCGCCCGUGUUCUCGUCGUGUGUUCUGAGAUCACGGCCGUCACUUUCCGUGGCCCAAGUGAUAUCCACUUGGACUCAUUGGUCGGACAGGCACUUUUCGGAGACGGUGCAGGCGCACUGAUCGUCGGUUCCGAUCCCGAUACAUCUAUCGAGCGUCCGUUAUACCAAAUCAUUUCAGCUGCACAGACGAUUCUCCCUGAUUCCGACGGUGCAAUUGAUGGACAUCUGCGUGAAGUGGGUCUCACAUUCCAUUUGCUGAAAGAUGUUCCCGGGUUGAUCGCCAAAAACAUCGAGAAAAGCCUGGGUGAAGCAUUCACCCCAAUCGGCAUCAACGACUGGAACUCAAUUUUCUGGGUUGUUCACCCCGGUGGCCCCGCCAUUCUCGACCAAGUCGAGGCCAAACUCGGACUGAAAGAAGAAAAAAUGAGAGCAACCCGCCAAGUUCUUAGUGACUACGGUAACAUGUCAAGUGCAUGCGUUUUAUUCAUCCUGGAUGAGAUGAGAAAGAAGAGUAUCGAAGAAGGCAAGCCCACCACAGGUGAAGGCCUCGACUGGGGUGUUCUUUUCGGGUUCGGGCCGGGUCUCACCGUUGAAACUGUUGUUUUGCACAGUGUUCCUCUAGCUCCGGCAGCCGCCCACUAAAUAAAACAGCGAUCCCAUAUUACAUCAUCUCUGCUAUAUCCAUAAUAAAGAUAAUAGUGAUAAGUAGCAGCGAUGUGUGGUGGCGUUCUAGAGGUGAGACCUUUUCCGGGAUACUGGGUUUGAUUUUGCGUCGCUGUUUGAUUUGUAGGGGAAGAAGUUUUAGUUGGUGAAGUACAUGCAUGUGUAUUAAUUUGUUGUUGGUGAUCACGUGAAAUCUGGGUUUGGUUGGUGAAGUCAGCUCCUUCCGGUUCCAUAUAGGAUGACCAUAUAAAAAGUUCUGCUGGUUUUUCAUCUAAGAAUAAAUAAAUUGACCCUUUUUCC